AUGUCACAGAGGAAAAUUAAAACGGUCCAACACUCGCCGAUCUCGAUAUUUCUCAAAACACAUGCAUUAACCCUUUUCGUCAUUGCAGCACGUGCUCACGCUGAUCAGAUAUAUCAAGCAGAUGACAAACGACAUUCAUCUCCAGAUGACUCAGCGCUUGACUAUGUUUCCCUGAUGGACAGACUGGAGCGACAGGAAGAAUCCAUUCGACAACUGCAGGCAGCAGUAGCAGAAAAAGCAGAGCGUAUAGAAAGACUAGAAAAUAGAUUGCAGGAUAACAAAACCGAUAUUGAAUUCCGACACCGUCAAGAUCUUCCUGCUACAACUGUUACGGAUCAUCUACAACCGUUGUCGCAUUUCCCUCCAAAUCGACAUCAGGCUGGAAACGUCAAGAAUGCUAACACAAAAACUUUCUUCACUGAAGAUUAUACAGGAGCGAGGAUAGACAAGAGACAAUCGACCAACACAAACGUCGCCUUCAGUGCAUCCAUGACGAAUAGUGUAAGCGUCCACCAACAUGAGACACUGGUAUUUGGUCACGUGUUGUUGAAUGAAGGUAACGGGUACAACGGUGCAGACGGUAUCUUUAUCGUUCCACGAGGCGGUGUCUACGUCUUCACGUGGUCCAUUACUUCAGCAAAGAAUAACGAUGGUACCUAUGAUAUCCAUACCAGCUUGUUAAUUAACGGAUCGCCUGUUGGGGCAAUAGAUUCGGACGCAGAUUCAAAUAACUGGGGAAGCGCAACUGGUAUUGUCGUAGUGGCUGUUGAAAAUGGAGAUCAUGUAUUCGUUCGCAUGGCUACCGGCUCGUCGGGAAGUAUCAUAAGCCAAAGCGAGACAAAAUCAACGUUUUCUGGAUGGUUUUUGUUCUAA